AUGCGAUCAAAUGCCCAGAUUUUGGGUGUGUUCGAUCAUUUCCUUACUCACACAGAGAGCAUGGCGACACCGUUGGCCGAUUCCGGAUGGGAUUUGUGGAACGGAAUGACGAUUUUCGACAAUUCCACAAUCGAAAAAUGCGCGAGUUUUGAGCAAAAGAGAAUCUCUCGGUCGUCGAGCUCGCGAUCAACGACGACAGUUGGAUGCGGUUUGUGUCGUUCGCUCAACUCGCCGAACUGGCGACAUCAUUCGCGUGAGAAUUGCCGAACGCUCGUCGGAAUGCAGCCGUGCCGAAUCUGCGGCGCCGCCGGUCGAAUGAAUCACACGGAAACCUACUGCCCAAACAAGAAGCCAAUCCAUCUGAAAUUGAAUCCGCAUUUCGAGUUGCUCUCAAAAUUGCGCCAAGCGCAACGCCUCAACACCAUCGCCAACAAUUAUGUUCACCAAUUCGCCAAUCUGUGCCAAUCAGCUCCGAGAAUUAGCUAUGCCCAAUGAAUGUCGUGGUUAUUCGGUGUCAAACAGAACACGGUUCCACCAAUUCCCGACGACUUCCAAGCUGGUGGUCCACCGGGUGCCGGUCAGCAGCCAGCAGCACCGCAGCCCAACCAAGGCAGCAGCAAAAUGGCCUACUCAUUCGACUCGACUGCUCUCGAAAGAGCCGCAAAAGCGGCAAAAGAUCUCGAAAAAUUUCCAAAUGCGAAGGAGGCUCUCGAAUUGUCGCGACUUCAAGAAGUCACUCGUCAAAAGGAGAUUGAAAACGAGACGAAGAGAAUCGAAGCUCAACUGGCUAGCCUGAAGUCUGAUCACAUUCGUACCGCUGAAGAGGAGAGGCGGAAGACGUUGAACGAGGAAACGAAGCACGCCAGAGCUAGAGCCGAGUAUCAAGACCAACUCGCUAGGAAGCGACAAGAAGAGGAGCUCGCGAUGAAGGCCCGAAUGCAGGAAGAAAGUCUCCGCAAACAAGAGGAGUCCGUCAAGAAGCAAGAGCAAUUGAGAAAACAAACAAUUGAGCACGAGCUCGCGUUGAAGCAUAAAUACGAGUUGGAGAAGAUCGAGGCGAAGACGCGCGCUCAAGCGAAAGCGGCUCGCGAGAAUCGCGACGUCAAUCUCGAGCAGCUCAAACUUCACGAGGAGGAGAAUCGCAAAACCGUACUCGAAAAGAUUCGCACCAGCGGCGAGCUCAUCGGCACCGGAUUGAAUCAAUUCUUGAGCGACAAAACGAAAAUCACAGCCGCCGUUGGUGGCCUAACCGCUUUGGCCGUCGGAUGGUACACGGCCAAACGCGGAACUUCCGUCGUCGCGCGAUACGCCGAAGCGCGUCUGGGAAAGCCUAGUCUGGUCCGAGAGACUUCUAGAAUCACACCACUCGAGGUUUUCAAACAUCCGAUUAAGACUGCUCAAAUGCUCAGCAGAAAGAAGAAGGACCCCCUUGAAGGUGUGGUGCUUUCGCCCGCUUUGGAGAGUCGCCUUCGCGACAUUGCCAUCACCACUUCGAACACCAAGAGGAACAACGGUCUUUUCCGCAACGUGAUGUUCUACGGACCACCGGGAACCGGAAAAACGCUGUUCGCCAAAAGUUUGGCGCAACACAGCGGUCUCGACUACGCGAUUCUCACUGGCGGCGACAUUGCGCCGCUAGGACGCGACGGUGUCUCUGCAAUUCACAAGGUGUUCGAUUGGGCGUCGAAGAGCCGAAAGGGACUCGUCGUGUUCAUCGAUGAAGCCGACGCAUUCCUUCAGAAGCGUUCGCGGAACGGAAUGUCGGAAGACACGCGCGCCGCGCUCAACGCGUUCCUCUUCCGAACCGGUGAGCAAUCGAGGAAGUUCAUGCUUGUCGUCGCCUCCAAUCAGCCGGAGCAAUUUGAUUGGGCUGUCAAUGAUCGUUUGGAUCAGCUCGUCGAGUUUGCGCUUCCAGGCCAGCCGGAACGCGAGCGCAUCCUUCUGCAAUACUUUGACGAGCAUAUCGUGAAGCCGGCGACGAGCGGCGCCCGCGGCCAACGUCUGAAGCUCGCCAAUUUUGACUGGAUCGGCAAAUGUGCGGAGGUCUCGAAGAAGACCAAAGGAAUGAGCGGACGUGAACUGAGCAAAUUGGUCAUCGGAUGGCAGGCGUCAGCGUACGCAUCGGAAUCGGGAAUUCUCACCGAGGAGAUCAUUGAUCGCAACACGGAGGACGCGAUGAAGCAGCAUGAGCACAAAAUGGAAUGGUUGGAGCGCGAGCAGCGAAUGGCGCGAAAUCAGGAGAUCAUGUUCGGAACCGAAGUCCGACAAACCGCCGUAUAA